ACUUGAUCUACAGCGUGGAGGAGGAACCGGAAGUGUGUAUUGUGGAUGGGGAAAAAAGAGAAAAAGAAGAACUCCGAGGAAGUGUGGAAGCAGAACGGGAUUUCAGGAGACGGUAUGGGAUCGAAACAGCAGCACGGAGCCGCUCUUCUGGCGCUGAUCUGCGCAGUUUCCGUUUCCGCUCUCCGGCCAGAGCUGAGCUGGUCACGUCCCAGCCGGAAAACCACAGUGUUGAAGAUGGAUGAAGCGUUUCUGAGCGUCCUGAACGAGAUCCAGAGUGAUCUGAUCUUCUCUGUACAGUCAGAGCAGUGCUAUCAGUGUUUACCCCAGCCGGUGGGGAUGGUACCUGCAGUUUCAGGUCCGGGGAAUAUUUCAGCAGUGAUCUUUACAGUGAACACACAACACACACUAACACUCCAGCUGAAUAGCACACCGGCUAACAUCGAGCUCUGCAGAAUGCACUUCCACUUCGGGGAGCAGGGGAACUACUCACUGUGGGUGAAGAACCUGAAUGACCCUGAGCACAUGAACUGCACCAUCGCCACAAUCAACGAACCCAUCAACAGCUAUCUGCCUCUGAUCAUUGCAUUGGUGGUGUGUGUAGCAGUGUAUGUGUUAGCCUCACUGUGUAGCUCAGUGAUGAGGCUGAAUUUUAUGAGGACCCUGGUGCUGAGGGUAGGGAGCAGUAUGGAGGCCGACAGACUCAUCAACUCUGAUCUCGGCUCUCCCAACAGAAUUGUGGAAUCUACUGAAUCUAUCUCUCUACCCACCACCGGGAGACGCCUCCGUUCCCUCGACACAUUCAGAGGGUUUGCUCUGGUCGUGAUGGUGUUUGUAAAUUACGGAGGAGGACGUUACUGGUUUUUUCGCCACCAGAGCUGGAAUGGUCUCACUGUAGCUGAUCUUGUCUUUCCCUGGUUUGUCUUUAUUAUGGGGACGUCGGUGUCCCUGUCCCUUAGUGGCUCUCUGAUUCGGGGACUGAGACGUUCUCGUCUUUUAAUUAGAAUCUGUUGGAGAACCUUUCUGCUCUUCAUUAUUGGAGUCUUCAUCAUCAACCCGAGUUACUGCAGUGGCCCAUUGUCCUGGGAAACACUCCGUAUUCCAGGUGUGCUUCAGCGGUUGGCAUUUACAUAUCUGGUGGUUGCCGUGUUGGACGUCUCAAUGACCAGAGCUCGUCUCGGUGUUUCUUCUACAGAGGUCUGGUGGUUUCCAGUUCAUGACAUUGUUCUGUACUGGCCUGCAUGGGUGUGUGUGUUUCUGCUGGAAUCUGUGUGGUUGUGUGUGACCUUCCUGCUGCCAGUUCCUGCCUGCCCCAGUGGAUAUCUGGGUCCUGGUGGAAUUGGAGAUUUUGGCCUUCACCCGAACUGCACAGGAGGAGCUGCAGGUUACAUCGACCGCUGGCUUCUGGGAGAAAAACACAUUUACCAAACACCAUCAUCAAGGGUUGUGUAUCAGACUACAGUCCCAUACGAUCCAGAGGGUGUUUUAGGAAGCAUUAACUCCAUACUCAUGGCUUUCCUCGGCCUUCAGGUUGUGUAUCAGACUACAGUCCCAUACGAUCCAGAGGGUGUUUUAGGAAGCAUUAACUCCAUACUCAUGGCUUUCCUCGGCCUUCAGGCAGGAAAAUUCUGCAGCACUACAGAGAUCACUCAGACAGAUAAUGACCCGUUCCUGAUCUGGGCUUUUGUUCUGGUUGUGUAUCAGACUACAGUCCCAUACGAUCCAGAGGGUGUUUUAGGAAGCAUUAACUCCAUACUCAUGGCUUUCCUCGGCCUUCAGAUGUGUGUGUGUGUGUGUGUGGGUGGAUGUGUGUGGGUGUGGGUGGGUGUGUGUGUGUGUGUGUGUGGGUGUGUGUGGAUGUGUGUGGGUGUGUGUAUAUGUGUGUUACAGGCAGGAAAAUUCUGCAGCACUACAGAGAUCACUCAGACAGAUAAUGACCCGUUCCUGAUCUGGGCUUUUGUUCUGGGAAUCGUCUCGGCUGUUCUGACUAAAUGCUCCAGAGAUCACGGCUUCAUCCCCAUCAACAAGAAUUUAUGGUCUCUGUCGUAUGUGACAACGCUCAGCUGUUUUGCCUUUGUGUUGUUGAUGUUGUGUUAUUAUACGGUGGAUGUGAGGAGGUGGUGGAGUGGAGCACCAUUCUUCUACCCUGGUAUGAACUCCAUCCUGGUGUAUGUGGGUCAUGAGGUGUUUGAGAAUUACUUCCCAUUCCGCUGGAAAAUGAAGAACAGCCAAUCACAUGCCGAGCACCUGACACAGAACCUGCUGGCCACGAGUCUGUGGGUGCUGAUUUCAUACAUCCUCUACAGGAAGAAAAUAUUCUGGAAGAUUUAAAUUCACAAGCAACCAGGAACCUCAAACACCCCCUUUUCUGUUAUCUUCACCUUCUCAAUGGUCCUC